CAGAGAAGCGAUGGCGGACUCGCUGCCUCUGGAGAUGCUCACUUACAUCCUGAGCUUCCUACCUCUGUCAGAUCAGAAAGAGGCCUCCCUCGUGAGUCGGGCUUGGUACUGUGCAGCCCAGAAUGCCCUUCGGGAGACAAAUGUGCGCUACAACAUUCCUGUGUCCUCUGCCUCACUCUCAGCCAUCAAGAGUUUGGGCCUCAGGGGCAUUUCAUGCAUCAGCUUGACCAAUCUGGACGGCUCACCAGCUUCGCACCAGGUACUGGAGUCUGUUGCUUACUACUUAGGCCCACACCUGGAAAGCUUAUGCCUGGGUGGGGGCAGCCCCACAGAGGCAUCCUUCUUGGCCUUGAUCUCGGGAUGUCCAGUCCUUCGCACACUUGAUCUCAGUGGCUGCAACAGUCUCUUCACAUCAGGCACUCUGCUGGCUCAGCCUGAGACAGUGCAGUGUGUACGAAAGGCAUUGAGUGGCCUCCGUGAUCUUAACCUGGCUGGCCUGCGUGACCUGACUGACCUCAGCUUCAACCAUCUCAGUGGUUGUUUCCCCAGCCUGGAGCGCCUCUCCUUGGCUUACUGCCAUCUUACCUUUGAGUUAAGCCCAACCUGGGGCUCUGUCAGCCCCCAGGUUUCCUCUCCCUCCCAGCUUUCUUUCCACAACUUGCUACAGUUCAUCAAGGAACGAGCUGGUACACUGCGUGCCCUAGACCUCAGUGGUACUGGUUUGCCACCUGAGGCCCUACAAGCCCUGGGCCAAGUGACUGGAUUGAAGCUAGAGGAGCUGAAUGUGCACAGCUGUAGAGACCUCUCCUCAGAGGCUGUGGCCACCCUGUGCCGCCAGCAGCCUGGUCUCACUUCCCUGGACCUUAGUGGCUGCUCAGAUCUAACCGAUGGGGCACUCUUGGCUGUGAGCCGAGGCUUACGCCACCUGCGGCACUUGAGUCUGAAGAAACUACAGAGACUGACGGAUGCAGGAUGUACAUCCUUAGGGUCCCUGCAUGAAUUGCAGAGCCUGGAUAUGGCUGAAUGCUGUCUGGUGAGUGGUCAGGAACUGGCCCAGGUCCUAGGCUCAGUUCGCAGAGCUCCACCUGCACUGACUUCCCUCAGGCUGGCUUACUGCUCGUCACUGAAGGAUGCCUCGGUGCUCUCCAUGAUCCCAGCCUUGGGCCCAAGCCUCAAGGUGCUGGACUUGUCCUCCUGCAUGGCCCUCACUAACCAGAGCAUGCAGGCCAUCUGCACCCACCUUAGUCACCUGUCAGUCCUGCGUCUGGCGUGGUGCAAGGAGCUCCAGGACUGGGGGCUUUUGGGGUUGAAGGAGCCAAGCGAUGAGCCUGUGCCCAGCCCCCAGCUACACCAAGAGGUGGAAAGUCAGGCUCCAGACCCUCAGGAGCCCAGUUCUGAGCCACAGGGCUCCUCCCUGCUCACACUCCAGGCCCUGCAGGAGUUGGACCUCACAGCCUGCAGUAAGCUGACUGAUGCCAGUUUGGCCAAGGUGCUCCAGUUCCCUCAGCUCAGGCAGUUGUCAUUGAGCUUGUUGCCAGCUUUCACAGACAUGGGCUUGGUGGCUGUGGCUAGGGGCUGUCCUAGCCUGGAACGCUUGGCAUUGAGUCACUGCAGCCACCUCAGUGACGAGGGAUGGGCCCAGGCAGCCAGGUUGUGGCCAAGGCUGCAGCAUCUCAACCUGUCCAGCUGCAGUCAGCUCACAGAGCAAACUCUGGAUACCAUUGGGCAGGCAUGCAAGCAGCUUCGAGUGUUGGAUGUGGCCAUGUGUCCUGGUAUCAACAUGGCAGCCGUCAAACACUUUCAGGCCCAGCUGCCUCAGGUGACCUGCAUCCAGUCUCGGUUCGUGGGAGGGGCUGACCUGACCCUAACACUUUGAGGCCAGAACCUUUUCUAAGACUGGAUGGAAGCAAUCCGGGACUCUUGCAACACCAGUGUACCCACAGAUGGCAGCAGGUCUUUCCAGUUACACUUGCUGCAUGGGCUCUAUAAAGGGCAGACCCACAGGUGAGCUGGGCCUGGUGCUGGGGAGGCCAGACUCUGUGCCUCCUGCCAGCCACCUACUCAGACCCAAGGCCUCAGCUCUAGCAGCCAACCACCAACUUCAUUGUAAACCUAAAUGAGAUUAAAGAUCCCACAGCUUA